CUUUGUUGUUGUUCGGGCUAUCACAGAUGGAUGUGUUUAGCCAGGCAGCAUGCUAGCUGUUUACUUUUUCAAAAAUAGUCCCCUUUCAGAAAUCAGCUAUAUCUGUGCGUGGUAGCAAUAUUUCAGAAUGGUAAGUACGUGUAUUCUCUUUUCAACAAUAUAGUAAAGCGUUACAGUCAGACUCAUUGUAGUGCAGUCUGGUGUGUGAAAGCCAGUGUGGUAACGUUAGCGUUUAGCUAACUGACGUUAGCUAGCAAUGCUACUGUAAUGUUAAUCUAGCGUCAUGAAUACAUGCAAGCCUGCAUUGUAGCUAGCUAACGUAAACGGACUAAACUCCACUCAAUGAUAAAGGAAGUUUAUAAUUAACUUAACCACGGAGUGGAGCCGAGACCAGUCGGUGGUUGUAUUUGAUUAACGUUUAUUGAAAAAGUGUGUAUUUCAGCCAUCAAAGAAAGGCACGCAAUUUCUGAGGAAAAACAUAGGUACAUGGUGGGCGUCAUUUUUGAACUAACGUUACUGUUAACGUUAUUGACCUUGGGCGAAUCGAUGUAAUGUUAGCUAGCUAGAUUCCACAAAGGCUAUUGAUCAGAAACUUCCUUCACCAUGGAGUGGAGUUUAAUCCGCUACCUUUUAUCUAGCUUGGUAGUUAGAAGUAACAUUUUUAGAUUUCGUUGCAUUACAGCCACCCAAAAAGAAGGCCGCAGCCAAGUCUGCCAAAGGGAAGACGCCCACAGUAGUAGAUGGCCUUUCCACGGAGGAGAUGUCGAAGGAGCAGGUAGGUGUUAUUUCAUGCAACUCUACACAUUAGCUACACUCAGAUGCUCCAUUACUAGUUCAGUGAUAGCUAACUGUGCAAACAUACAUCGUGCAAACAAGUAUUGUACUAGCUACUGAGCAGCAACUAUACCAAAUCAACCAUUUGCUUGAUAAUCCAUGGGUUAUGCUGCAUAGUAUAUGGUUAUCUGAAUCUACAUGAUGAUGUUCUUUGUGUCAGCUGGAGGAGCACAUUGUGCGGCUGCGGGAGGAGCUGGACAGAGAGAGGGAGGAGAGGAACUACUUCCAGCUGGAGAGGGACAAGAUCCACACCUUCUGGGAGAUCACCAAGAGACACCUGGACGAGAGGAAGGCAGACCUGCGGAACAGAGACCGGGAGAUGGAAGAGGCUGAGGAGUGCCACCAAGUAGAGAUCAAGGUAUAGUACAGACACACAAACAGUGUUUAACCACAUUAUAAUAAUUAUCAGGGUCCUUACUGUUACUGUUCUGUUCCUCAGGUGUACAAGCAGAAAGUGAAGCAUCUGCUAUAUGAGCACCAGAACAGCAUCUCAGAGCUGAAGGGAGAGGGCGUGGUCUCUACCAAGCUGAUGCAGAAAGAGCACGCCGACCUGGAGAACGAGCUCUGCAAGGGCAUGCGCACCCUCAAGGUGGACUUUAAGGAGCAGGAGCUCUCUAACGAGAACCUCGUCAAGGGCCUCAAACUGGUGCGUGGCCUCGUCUCUCUCUCUCUCUGUUAAUAUGAGCUUCUCACCACUCAAAUCAAUAUUCUGCCAUUCUAUCAGAUUUGCUUUCCACACAUGUCUAUGGUGACAUUGCAUUGAUUGUAAAUUCUUUCCAUUUCUGUUUUAACAGAAAAACGACCAGGAAAUUACCAAAACGAGAAAUGACUUUGAGAGACAAGUGAGAGGUGAUUAUACCUGUACCUGUGUUGCCGUUAAACUGUACUCACAUGCGUACAUAUACCCAAAAUAUGAAACAUAGCCAUCUCUCUCUGUCUAUUGCUAUUUGACUGACCUGCUGAGUAGAAAUUGAGGCCAAGUAUGAGAAGAAGAUGCAGGUGCUGCGUCAGGAGCAGGACCUGAGGAGGAAGACAGAGAUCCAUGAGAUCGAGGAGAGGAAGAACAGCCAGAUCAACACGCUGAUGAAGAACCACGAGAAGGCCUUCAGUGACAUCAAGAACUACUACAACGACAUCACCCUCAACAACCUGGCCCUCAUUAACUCACUCAAGGUUAGCAAUACCACAACAAUAUCAGCUAAUAACUAAGGUAUUUGUUCUACUCAAUAACAGUAACCUAGGCCCAAUCAACUGACUGAGGAUUAGAAAUUCCUCAACGUACUGUAUCAUCAAACCUAACCUAGGCCUCAUCAACUCACAACUCACUUGUGUAUUACAAGACGAUAUCACCAAUGCACUGAGGGGUAAUAGAGAGGUGCAUGAUUACUGAUAGGGCCUGGUCUUUAGCAGAAGUGUUCACUGUGUGGUGUUCCUGACUGACAGUGGCCAGGGUUUGGAGCCCUGGAGGGCAAACUGUGUUUGUUACACUAACACUUCAAUCCAAUACAAGCUAGCAACCAGUUGGUUACAUGGUCUGUGUUGUCUGUGUCAGGAACAAAUGGAGGAAAUGAAGAAGAAGGAGGAGCGUCUGGAGAAGGACAUGGCAGAGGUGCUGCUGCAGAACAAGCGCUUGACAGAGCCCCUGCAGAGGGCCAAGGAGGAGGUGACCGAGCUGCAAAAACAACUGGGCAACUACGAGAAGGACAAGACCUCACUGGCGGUGGGUUACACACAGACACACACACACACAUAAACACAGAAUAGAAUACAUGAUAUCUGGUUAUAUGGUAAUUAAACAGAAGAUUUAUAGCAACGAGCAACAAUGUUGCAGUAUGACAAAUAUGCAUAAAAAAGAUUCAAAUAGCAACAUGGAGAAGUAAAAUUCCCUCAAAUGUUCUAUGAUGAAUAGUUUGUGUUGGGUGUAUCUGAGAAUGAUAAAAAAUGUAGUAGGGUACUUGGCAAAAGUAAACAGGAGUGAUGGUGACUGUGCCUGUCUUGACAGGGGGCCAAAGCACGUCUGAAGGUCGCAGACAAGGAGAUGAAAGACCUAAGGUGGGAACACGAAGUGCUAGAACAGAGGUUUAGUAAGGUGAGAAGCUACAAUUACACACACACACGUACAAGCGUACACACACGCUCGCACACACACAUGCACACAAACUCUGGUUUGUUAUGAGAAAGGCUUUUGUCCUCACAUGUUCCAUAAACUGUUAUCACUUGAUUGACAACAGAAAGUUUAGCCUUUUCAAAUUUGGGACAGAGAGAAUCUGAGAAAAUAUCAUGAACACAGUGCCAAUUAUUUAGGGUUAGAACUGAAAAGGCGUCUACACUGAAAUCUGUGAUCCAGUCUAAUUAAAAAAAGGGGAGUUUUCCUACAAUUGUUUCCUGUGACGUGAUUACAGAGUUCAAGGAUGAGUCCUUUUGCCCUGUGUACAGGUCUUUUUCUGAGACCACAGCACAAACCAACUACACAGACAGUUUAUUGGGGUGACUAAAAACGUCCUAGUAACUGGACACUUUGCACCCAUACAAUGGCUACCCCAUAAAAUGGAACAGAAUUGAAUCGAAUGUAAUUCUAUCAAAUUGAUCCAUGCUUAAUUGAUCUGUGUUUCUAACUGAGCUGAGCCAACCCUUUUGUCUGUGUGGUGCAGGUCCAGGUGGAGCGUGAUGACCUGUAUAAAAAGUUCACCCAGGCCAUCCAGGAGGUGCAGCAGAAGAGUGGCUUUAAGAACCUCCUGUUGGAGAGGAAACUGGGGGCUCUGACCAACACCCUGGAGAAGAAGGAAGCUCAGCUCAACGAGGUGCUGUCUGCCUCCAACCUGGACCACACCGCCCUCAGUGUGGUCACACGCAAACUGGAGGUAUGCUACCCUCUCUGUGCUACCUAACCCUAACCCUAGCUUCAUGUCCACAUCCUGGUUCAGCCCUAACUCUCAACCACAACCCUAACCCUAACUGCAGCUUCAUGUCCACAUCCUAGUUCAACCCUAACCACAACCUUAACCACUCUGACUACAAACUCCAUCAUACCAAAAACGCUACCCUAGUACCCUACUCUCUUGUGUUGAGCUAACAGUAGAGUUGUGAAAACAACUAGCACCACACCUCAUAAAUCCUGCUUUGUGGUGGAUACUGGAUAAAGGCCAAGUUGUCAUUCAAGAUUAAAACAGAGAAGUGUUCUUAACAGAAAAAUGUGAUCUUCAUUCCAUCGUGUGAGUAUGUUUGAUGUUGCUAAGUCCUUGCUAUCAGGUUUCUAUACUCUACUGCCCUAGAAGCUGAUAAUCAAGUGGCUUCAACCACAUCAAAUUGCAAACCUUGCCUGUGAAUGUAGUAACUGGAGGAAGCUUACGGUAGACUAUUCUGCAGCCGAACAACUCUAUUUGGUUUUUUUCUUGCAGGAAGUUUUGGACUCCAAGAACAUCGCGAUCAAAGACUUGCAGUAUGAGUUGGUGCGGGUUUGUAAGGUGAGGACAUUGGCGGAAUACAAUGCCUUUUGGGUCUGAACCCUAUUUAGUUUUGUACAUUAAAGGGAAAACUGCAGUAUUAUAACUAUGUAAUAGAAUAACUAACCAAUCCAAAAUCAAUACAUUCUCAUCUUUAUAGACAAAAGUGAUAAUAGCGUCUGUCAAUAUACUGUAACUCUCUCUAAAAAUGUUAACAUCUCUGUCUGAUGGGCAGGCCCAUAAUGACCUGCUGAGGACCUAUGAGGCCAAGCUGCAGGCCUUUGGGAUCCCUAUGGAGGAGCUGGGCUUCAAGCCACUGGAGAGCAGUGUGGCUGGACACUCCCUGGGCCAGGGCCCCGCAGGCCUGGUGUCUGCCCCCACAUGAGAGGCCCCCAGCCUGGGUUCAGAGACACAAACACUCCCCUGACCCACACAGACUAUCACUUACUGCAGUGCUAAUGUGACUCUUCUUUCUACCACUCGCUCUCUUUAUUGUAACGUUUGAUAGAAGUACUACUGAAGAUCAACAGCAACUUCCUAUUUGCGAAGAUUAACUUGUCUUUUUCCAUCACACUGUAAACAUUUCCAAAUAAAAAUAUUUCAAACAGUA